AUGGUUUUCAACAAUGCGAAGACGUCCAACGUCGCGAACUCAGAGCAUGGCAAUCACGACGACAGUCUAGAGAGCGGCGAGCACCGCACAUUUCAUCGACCAAUGCGACAUUGCGCUGCAGUCGCUUUGGCUGGCUUCGUCUUGUUCAUUGUUGAAGGCACUGCGGCAGUCGUGGUCCAUAACAAAGUCACCAUGGUCGCGUCUGGCGUCUUCGACGGCACCAUCCUUCUCUUGAUAUUUGGUCUGAUCGUGGCGAGAUUGAUCACAAGUCGCCACGACAAGUUUGCCUAUCAUUCCAAUCUUAUCAGCACUAUCAUGACAUGCAUUGCGACCAUCAUCAUAUGCAUGAUCAUGUAUCCAUUGCUAUGGUAUCCCAGACUGAACCAAGAUGUGCUCACGCAACAGGUGCAGGACAUGCAAAGCAUGCGCCCUCUAGCCAUGGCAUUGGUAUCGAUCGCGGAUCGUGGCGACUCGCCGAAGCUGCUGUAUCACCCAUAUCCCAAAGGCUUCGUGUCUGACAUUGCGGGUGGCUUUGACUCCAUCAUGACACCGUGCCAGGCGCAGACAGAGGAGAUCAUACUCGCUGAGCAUUAUUGCAACUGCUCUGAGUCCCUCUCGGGUGUGCAGAAAGCGCCUCUGGCUAACCAUGUCGGCGGGAUAUCUUACCGAGAUUUCAUUCCAUAG